UGGUAGUUUCUCAUCAAAGUUCCAUCUCUCACAGCCUACCAAUCAUGGAUUCAAACCACAAGAUGGAGCUCCUUAACAUCGCAAUCCAGAGAUUCAUAGAGGAGAAGACGACCAAGCAAGCCUCCGGUGAUACCCUCAUGAUCAUGGACGACAACGUCGAUGACCAGCUUCUCCUCUCGGGACUGCUCUCUCAGUUGGAAUCGUUGAAAGAAGAUGUGGCGCUUAAGGAACCUGAAGCUUCGUUAACUGAGAUAGAGGAGGUAUCUUCUGCAGAAAUUGAUAACGUGGAGACGAAGAUGGAGAAUGCUGGUGAGGUCGAUGGUGGCAGCAGCGUCGAAGAGGUAGUGAAAGAGCUUAAGGAGGUGAAGAGGCAGAAUUUUGUAACUCACUGUCUUCUUUCGGCCCUGAUUGUGCUGACUGUUGCUUGGCAAGUAUCUCAGGUCUCCUUAAUUUGGAAACUUAAAGAUGGGUUUAGCCACCCGUUUAGGUCCUUUGGAAGUGCCUUCUCAUGGAUUCUGAAACGCCCCGAUGCAAAUGGUACUCAAGAUGCAGAGAAACAGUUUGCGGCUGCCAAACAACGCCUUACUGAAGCAGCCGCUUCAUUCCCAUCUGUCGUAAUUCCAGAAAUCCCGCUUUUGGAUUUGCCGGAUUUGGUUUUAGAGGGUGAAAAUCACUGAAAAAGUGUUUGUUUGAUAUGAAGCCAAAGAGGCCAGAAGGAUUAUAAGGUCUUGACGACAGAGUAUUGCUUGGUUUAAUCUGCAAUAGUUGUACAAAGCUUCCUUCCUCUAUAAUUUCAUUUAUUGAGUUUUUUGAAAGACAUCUUGCCCGUAGUGUAAACGUUAAUGAUUUAUUGAUUUAACUUUAAAGUUC